ACGUCACUAUUGGCAGGCUGCUCGCCCAACUAGCAGCUCUUCCCGCCCUUUACUUGUAGGCGGGAUUUCCGUUUGGCGGUGCGCCUUGUUGCCGGAAAUCUGAAUAACAUCACUUCCGGAGAGUGGAGCCAGUUGCUAGGCUGCUAGUCGGACCUUUUGUAGCUUCCGGUCUAGUCGUGUGUGCGACGGGAGUCUCUUCCGGGUUUGGGGGCACCAUGAGCACUAUGUUCGCCGAUACUGUCCUCAUCGUCUUCAUCUCGGUGUGCACGGCGCUGCUGGCCGAGGGUAUAACAUGGGUGCUGGUUUACAGAACAGAGAAAUACAAGAGACUGAAAGCUGAAGUGGAAAAACAAAGCAAAAAAUUGGAAAAGAAGAAGGAAACGAUAACUGAAUCAGCAGGCCGACAGCAAAAAAAGAAAAUAGAGAGGCAAGAGGAGAAGCUGAAAAACAACAACAGGGACCUGUCGAUGGUUCGAAUGAAGUCCAUGUUUGCAAUUGGCUUUUGCUUUACUGCCCUCAUGGGCAUGUUCAACUCUAUAUUUGACGGCCGGGUGGUGGCAAAACUUCCUUUUAUCCCACUCUCCUAUAUCCAGGGCCUGUCCCAUCGCAACCUGCUGGGGGAGGAUUACACUGACUGCUCCUUCAUCUUCCUCUACAUUCUCUGCACCAUGUCUAUCCGACAGAUCUCUGUUGCUUUUUCCUCUGGAGGUGCCAAGGGACUUAGAAACCCUUACAGCAGAAUAUUCAGAAGAUGCUUGGCCUGGCUCCUUCGCGGGCUGCCACUAAGCAGGCAGGGGGCUUCCUGGGUCCCCCUCCUCAAGCUGGGAAAUUCUCUUGAAGUAUAUUCAUGCACCUUCCACAGCAGCUCCCAUUGAUGUCAAUAUCAAAGACAGAUUGCCCUCGGUUUGUAACAAGAUCGGAUUCCACAGCAGACUUUCUAUUAAUUUGAAGCAGCCUUUGGGAUGGGUACUGUCUUCACGGAAGCAUCUUUGUAUUGGGCGUGUUCUACAAGCAGCUUGUCACGAUUGAAGCAAAGUUCUUGGCAGAUAACGUGAGAUGUGUUUUGUGUGUCUGUGUAAUAAACGUUUAAGCCCCUUGCAUUUAAAAUGUAGUAACCUAAUCACAUUGCAGGGACAGUUGAACUGUCUUGCUUUAUAGAACUACUGUAAGGAUAAUAAAACCUUAUUUGGAGCCAUGAUAGGGAACCUGAAUCAGGUGACAAGGAUCUGUAAAAUAAACAGAUUUUGGAAAGUCUUGCACCAUCA